GCGAUGGGACCAGUGGUGUGCGGGGCGGCACAGGCAGUACUUUGGGCACCCCAGGCUUUGGGGCCUUCGUGAUGCGCGGCGCGCGCAGGCGCGCCGCCCGAUGUGGAGAGCGGCGAUUGGCUGUGCUGAGGGGGCGGGGUAGAGAAACAGGCUCUGAUUGGUGAUCUCGGGGAGAGGCUCCGCCUACUCUGUGCGACAGCGAGCGGGGUCUUCCGGGGUCCUUCCGCCGGCCCAGGCCCCGUUCGAACCCGGUGGGGCGGAGGUGCCGGAUCCCGGCCGGGGUCAGUUCUGACCCUCACAAGGCCGCGUUCAGUCGCUGCCACUGCUCCAAGCCGCGUUUCUGGGAGGUUCCCGGGCUCGGCGGGGCUGGGGAGCAGCGAGACAGGAAAACACUUUGGCGGGGGAGGGACGAACUCCCGCCGUGGCACUUUGUCCUUCACAGUUCCUCUCAUCCUUACGGGAAUUCCGACACGAUUCACAAUCCCCGAGCCACAUAUCCCACCUCCAGGGCACCGCUUCCCGCAGGCUCCACGAAGGAGCUGCCGGAGCUGCAAUUCUCGAGGCUUUUUCACACCACGAGGGAGCUCUGGAAGCUCCCUCGCCUCGGCUCUGCCCUGCCCGCACUCAACACGGCGGCCUCGGUAACGCGGGCCCCGCCGGCCUCGUGCCCUUAUCAAAGGUGGCGGCUGCCACAGCCGCCCCUGCCCGGAACCCGCUGCCCUAAUCAAAGAUGGCGGCGCGCGGCUUCGCUGUCGGCGGCGCCUGCCCGGCUCCAAGAUGGCGCGCGGUCACGUGACGGGGGUGUGGGCCGCGUCCCGGCGGAAGCGUGAGGGACCGAGCAGAGACCAGCGGCUGGUGGCGGCGGGAGCGGGGCUGGCGCCGCAGGAGCAGACGUGCCGCAGGGCGGGGGACACGGCUGCCACCACGGAGUCUGCUAGCAGCAACACCGCGGCGGCCACCGCCGCUUCGCGGGCCGCGGGCGCCGGGGACCAGGCAACCUCGCUGCCCCCGCCCAGAAUGCAGCGCAGGAAGAGGAACGCGGGCAGCAGCUCGGAUGGAACGGAGGACUCGGAUUUCUCCACGGACCCCGAGCACACGGACAGCUCCGAGAGCGACGGCACCUCCCGGCGCUCGGCCCGCGUCACCCGCUCCUCGGCCCGCCUCAGCCAGAGCUCCCAGGACUCCAGCCCGGUGCGGAACCCGCCGCCCUUCGGGCCGGACGAGCCGGUGUACUCCACGCGGAGGGUGACGCGCAGCCAGCAGCAGCCAGCUCCUGUCACCCCCAAGAAGUACCCGCUGCGCCAGACCCGCUCCUCCGGCUCCGAGACCGAGCAGGCCGUGGACUUCUCCGACAGAGACACCAAAAACGCGGCCGACCACGACGAGUCCCCUCCCCGCACGCCCACGGGCAACGCGCCCUCCUCGGAGUCCGACAUCGACAUCUCCAGCCCCAACGUGUCCCACGACGAGAGCCUGGCCAAGGACAUGUCCAUGAAGGACUCGGGCAGCGACCUUCGAGGAGCCUUUGACAUCCCCUGA